AUUCUGGGAAAGGGCAGUUUCCGUUAGGUGCUGAAGACUGAGGCGCGCUACCGGCCACCUUCCCACGUGAAGCGCUACGCGAGCAUUGCUUGGCGGGGUCGUUCCCUGCUAGCUGCGGAGCGUCCCGGAAGCAGCGGGGGACCGGAAGUGGUCCGCGGAAGCUCAGCAGCUAGUCCGGGAGCCCGCUGUGAGGCGACUGGGAGUGCUGCGACGGCGCCAUGUCCCUGAUCUGUUCUAUCUCCAAUGAAGUGCCAGAGCAUCCCUGUGUAUCCCCUGUCUCUAAUCAUGUGUACGAGCGGAGGCUCAUUGAGAAGUAUAUUGCAGAGAAUGGAACAGACCCUAUCAACAACCAGCCUCUCUCAGAGGAGCAACUCAUUGACAUCAAAGUUGCUCACCCAAUCCGUCCAAAGCCUCCCUCAGCCACUAGCAUCCCGGCCAUUCUGAAAGCCUUACAGGAUGAGUGGGAUGCAGUCAUGCUGCACAGCUUCACCCUGCGCCAGCAGCUGCAGACAACACGCCAGGAGCUGUCCCAUGCGCUGUACCAGCAUGAUGCUGCCUGCCGUGUCAUUGCCCGUCUCACCAAGGAGGUCACUGCUGCCCGAGAAGCUCUGGCUACUCUGAAACCACAGGCUGGUCUCAUCGUGCCCCAGGCAGUGCCAAGCUCACAACCAAGUGUUGUGGGUGCAGGUGAGCCCAUGGAUUUGGGUGAGCUGGUGGGAAUGACUCCCGAGAUUAUCCAGAAGCUGCAAGACAAGGCCACUGUGCUUACCACGGAACGUAAGAAGAGAGGGAAGACUGUGCCUGAGGAGUUGGUGAAGCCGGAAGAGCUUAGCAAAUACCGGCAGGUGGCAUCCCAUGUGGGGCUGCACAGCGCCAGCAUUCCUGGAAUUCUUGCACUGGACCUCUGCCCCUCCGACACCAACAAGAUCCUCACUGGUGGGGCAGAUAAAAAUGUCGUUGUCUUCGAUAAGAGUUCUGAACAAAUCCUGGCUACUCUCAAAGGCCACACCAAGAAGGUCACUAGUGUGGUGUUUCACCCAUCUCAGGAACUGGUGUUUUCUGCCUCUCCAGAUGCCACUAUCAGAAUUUGGUCAGUCCCGAACACCUCUUGUGUACAGGUUGUUCGGGCCCAUGAGAGCGCUGUGACAGGCCUCAGCCUCCAUGCUACUGGGGACUAUCUCCUGAGCUCCUCUGAUGACCAGUACUGGGCCUUCUCUGACAUCCAGACAGGGCGUGUGCUCACCAAGGUGACUGAUGAGACCUCUGGCUGCUCUCUCACCUGUGCACAGUUCCACCCUGAUGGACUCAUUUUUGGAACAGGAACCAUGGACUCUCAGAUCAAAAUCUGGGACUUAAAGGAGCGCACCAAUGUGGCCAACUUCCCUGGCCACUCAGGUCCCAUUACCAGCAUUGCCUUCUCUGAGAAUGGGUACUACUUGGCUACAGCAGCUGACGACUCCUCUGUCAAGCUGUGGGACCUGCGCAAGCUUAAAAACUUUAAGACGUUGCAGCUGGACAACAAUUUUGAGGUGAAAUCACUGAUCUUUGAUCAGAGUGGUACUUACCUGGCACUUGGAGGCACAGAUGUUCAGAUCUACAUCUGCAAACAGUGGACGGAGAUUCUUCACUUUACAGAGCACAGUGGCCUGACCACAGGGGUGGCCUUUGGACAUCAUGCCAAAUUCAUUGCUUCAACUGGCAUGGACAGGAGCCUCAAGUUCUACAGCCUGUAGGUCCGGUGCCUUCUCACAGAAGCUGGGCCUCAUCUCACCAGUGGGUUAGAGUUAGGGGUAGGGGGUGGGGGGUGUCUUCUGGGAGGGAGGGGGAUCUAUGGGUUGGGACAUUCACUUCAUUUCACUCUGGUCUGGGUGAUGGCCUGAGAACCACGGUGACAUGGAACACCUCAUCCAUGCAGCCUUCAGGCCCCAUAGGAAUGGACAUUCGGGGAAGAACUGUCACCUUGUAAAGGUUCAGAGGUGGUGGCUGUUCCAUACCCACUUUGUUUCAGUUCCUGUGAGACAGGGAGGCUGAGCCAAGGGAACUGUGAAGGGGGUGGGCAUGAGGGCUUAUGCAGGUUUUUGUAAGCAGUGAUCUAGUUUCAUUAAAAAAAGAAAACAAUAAAUUUAGCCACCUCCUGUGUCUGUCUAUACCUGAGCAGGGAAGGUCAAGGGGAGGGAAUACAGUGGGAUACUGGCUGCCAGGAAGCUCAUUGUUCUGUUCUCUCUCUCCUCUCUCACUCCCCUCCCGAAGCCAUUUGACAGAUUCCAGGGCCUCCAGGCACUUGUGCUUGACUUAUCCCACAAGGCCAGAAGGGAAGGAAAAGUGCAGGAAAGAUUAGCAUGGGCCUGCUGGUGAGGAGCUGUGAGUAGGUCAGUAGGAUUCUUUGGCUGCAAGGUGAUAGAAAACCUGUUCCUGACUGGCUUAAAUAAAAAAGGAGAUUUUAUUGGCUGUGGCAGCUGAUAUGUUGAGGUAGAGCUGGUUCCAGGGGAGAUGCCAGUGAACAGUAAAUAAUAAAAGGUCAAGUGGAGAGGAUUAAUGUAGGGUUCUGUAGCUACUUUACAUUAGGAGGUCACGAAAAGCUUGUGAGGGAAGGACAAGGAGCUCAAUGGGAAGGAGAGUUGUAAGCAGAGGGAGGAAAGGGUCUGAGGCUAGGAAAAGUGAAGUGUGUGGUGGAACAGGGAGACCAGGGUGGUUGGAGUAUGGUGGCUGAGGGUGAGUCACCAUGGAUGUGGCCCAGGAAGAUCAUCAGUGCCCUUGAGAAUUACUGUCCAUUGGAAUGUUGGGGUUGGGAGCCUGAUCAGAGUGGGUGGGAAGACAGGUGGUUACAGUUGAGAAAUUGUGCUAGGAAGGGGAGCAAAUAAAUGGGGUAUAUCUUCCCUGGGUACCAGGGUGCCUAGUAGCUAGGGAAGGCCCUGGGAAGCCUUGCAGUAAAGACCAGCUGCUGCCUCAUGUUUUUGAGUAGGUAAGCCUUAACCUGUGUGUGCCUAUUAAUGGUUCGUGGACCUCACCCCUUGUGCAGCUAGUGUUGACUGUUGUAAAGGGCACUUCAUUGGACAUCUGAGUUCUGAGUCCAUCAUUUGCCCAUCUGCUUUGUGUGAUUGAAGCUGUUGCUCAGUGUAUGAUUGUACUAGUUUAACAUAUCAGCCAGUUGUAGGUAUUCUAGUUUGAAAAAUGAAUGAUUAUUUUUAAGUUACUUUUUUUUUCCUUCAGUAUUAGGGUUUGAACUCAAGGUUAGCUGAGUUCUCUCUUGCUAGGCGAGUGCUCUACCACUUAAGCUACACCCCCAGUCCUUUUUUGCUUUAGUUAUUUUUUGAUUAGGGUCUUGAGUUUUUGGCCCUGCUGGCCCAGACCUUGAUCCUUCUACCUAGGCCUCCCUGAAGCUGAGACUGUAAGUGCACACUGCCAUGUCUGGCCUAUUGAUUGAGAUGGGGUAUUGGUCACUUUUUGCCCAGACUGGCCUUGAGCCUUAGUCCUCCUGAUCUGUGCCUCCCCGGUAGCUAGGAUUAAAGCAUGUGUCACCACACCUGGCUUUAAAUGUCGAUUUUAAUAAGAGAGAGGUUACACAGUUUUCCAAGGCAGGACAAAUUUAAAAUGGAAUUAGGACAACAACCGAGUUAAAAGUGAGCAGGUAACAGCUAUUUGCUGGAGCACAGUCAUAGGAAUUGGGUGAGGGUUAAGAGCAAGGCCUGGGGCUAAGUUGGCCCCCAGGGCUGGCACAGCACUGAAGCCAUGGAGUGGUUUCUGGUGUUUGAUAUUACCAUGUAUUCUCUGCCUAAGUGAUACUGAAGGACAGAGGUUCUUGGGGGAAUCCUUAGGUUGACGGGUACUAUGGUCAACCUAAAACUGAAGUGAAUUGUGGAUCUGUGCAUAGAAAGGAGGGGCCAUAGCACAACCCCGAGGGACUGGAAUCCCACCCCUGAUCCCAGCUAGUUCUGAGUCAUUGCCCCAGGAGAGUGGGAGUGUAAUGUCACUGUCUUGGCCUCUGGCAGCCUGAUGUUUGGUUUAGAAGUCCCUGAAAUACAUCACCUCUGUUCCAAGCCAUCAACCUCUCAUCACAUAGUAUCUGUGUGUCAGAUACUACAUACAUUCUCAAGUUUAAUUUUUUUUGGUGUAUGUGGUGCUGGGAUUUGAACUCAGGUCUUUGUACAUGCUAGGUAAGUGCUCUGCCACUGAGCUACAUCUCCAGCCCCACAUUUAAUUCUAAGCAUCCUUGCCGUGGGCUGUCCAGCACUCUGAGUAGCUUCUUGUUCCAGGCACACCUCGUGGGACUUCAUGCCCUCUUUGUGCACAGGGUGGGAUUGGGAUUGUGAACUUGAACUAGACUCUGGCUUUGGAUUCUGGCUCUGGCAUUUAGUAGCUGUGGGACCUUGUGCAGAUUACUUUCUCUUUCCAUUUCUUCAUAAGAUGGGGAUCUUGUACUUACAAGAGACAGCAUAAGGAUUUAGUGAAUAUGAGAAAUGCUCACAGCAGGGACUGCACAUAAUAAAUGCUAUAUAUUUUUAAAUUGUGGCUACUGCUAUAUGUUCCCUGGAGUCUUGCCUUCCCAAUCCUCCAGAAAGCCUUUAGUGCCCAUCCCUACCCUGCCAGGUGAGUGACCUCCCUAUGAGGCCGUGGUUCACACCUUCAGCAUAACUCACCAUGUUACCUUGAAGGUGUUGAUGUAUUUGUCUGUUUUAGCUAAAUUGUCAUCUCAAGGGCAGGACCAUGUAUUCACUGCUGACAUUCAUCUUACCUCAUGUCCCGUUGUUACUAAAUGACAGAUGGAGAGAUUCAGCCCUGUGCUCAGUCCAAAACCCCGGCCAUGUUUUCUCCUUCCUUGGUGCAGAAAAGCCGGGUGGCUGUAGACUCAGCUAGUUCAGCGAGAAUAUACUGAGAGCUUUCACCUCUGCCAAACAUCUCCAGAGUUUGAACACAAUUGUGUUUGGUAGGUUAUCCUUGGGAAGGAUCUUAAAAGAGCCUGUCCUUUCUGGACCCACGCCGUCAGUGACCAUAGUGUUCCUGUAUUUAGGGCCAGGUGUGGUCAGUAGGCCAAGGUGUCCAAAGGGAAGUCAUUUGGUGGUGGAAUCAAUUGUCCUGUGGCCUAUGUGCACUUGUGCCUUUUGAUGAUCAAAUCUCAUGUCCCAGUGCUGCUGUUCAGCUGAGAGAGCAUCUACUUUGUUCUGCUUAUACUUGGAGCACUAACCCAGGUGGUCACCUGGGGGUAUUACAGUUGCAGGAGUCUCCCCAAUAACCUGGCACCAUGAGAGAGCUCCUCAGUGCCACAGAUGACCUUGCAAAGUAGGUGGUGUCAGUCUCAUUCCAUAGAUGAGCAAACACUCAAGCACCUUGGCUUAAAGCCAUCCUGUUAAGUCGUGGAGCUGGGAUUUUUAACUUUCUGGCCUUAGGAGACCAAGGUGCUCUACCAGCUCAUCAGCUGAGACAGAAAUGGUAGCUACCCCCUCCACAGCUCUAUGAUAUAGGGUUAUGGUGAGCGCAGGCUCUUGAGUCAGAAGCCCAGGUUUGAUCCCAGCUCUGCAGCUUUCUGUGCCAUGUCUUUGUUCUGAGUUUCUGUACUGAAAAAUGAGCUUAUAAAGCCUACUUGAUAGGGCUGUCGGUGAACUCAGGUGUAGAGAGCACAUGGAGGCACUCAGUAAAUGUUGGCUACUUUUCCCCUGCUCCUCUAUGCUGGAGUCAGUGACACUGACUUCUUGGCUUCUUGGUGACCUCAGUUCUUGACACCUGUGAUGUAAAGGUUUGGCCUGACUGCCUUCUCUAUCCAUAAACCUAUAGCUGUGGGGACACAAAAGAGCUGGAACAAAAUUUAGGCAGGGAGACUGGAAUGUGCAGAACACAGCCAGGACACUGGAAUUCUAAGAAGGGCCAAGACAGAGGACAUGAGGGUACAGCUGGUUUGAAACCUAGUAAAUCUGGAGGGAAGUGGUACAAGACAAUCUUGAAAAAGUAGAGGUUCCCGAGGUAGAGCAGAGGAAUGGAGUUAGGGGUGGCUGGUGUAAGAAAGGAGCCAGUGACCUGGGGUGCAGCAAGGAGGGAUGAGAUGGCAGGUUUGUGAAGUCUAAGAUCCCUCCUGCUCUGAGGUUUUCAAAAUUUGUAGAUCUUUUAACAUGUUAAAACUUUUUAAUUGUGAAAUAUUCAUAUAUAAUAUCUAAAACAUACCAAUAAUAACAUUGAGAAUGGAAUCGAAUAGAAAAGAAUAGGAUACAAAGAAUAGAAACACCCUUGUAUCCACCAGCCAAAGAACGCAGUGAGGCUCUAGGUGUGAUAUUCCCUGAAUAUAACCCUCCCUCUCCUACACAGAGAAAACCAGUAUUUUGAAGUUGGUGUUGCUAAUUGCUUUGAUUUUUGGUAUAAUUUUCCUCCUAUAGUUUUUUGCUGAUUUUUAAACUUUGUGUAAAUGAAAUCAUUCUGUCUGCUUUCUUUUACUCAGUACUGUUCUUUAAUUUUUAACUAGCGUACAUUGAUAGUAUGAGGGGGUUUCGUUGUGAUAAUUCCAUAGAUGUGUGCACAAGUUCACUUCUUCUAUUGUAUUCCCUUACCCUUCCAUUUUCCUCCCCCCUUUUUCAAACAGCAUUUGGUGUGUUUGAUUAACACUUCCAUCCUCUUCACCCCUCAGUAUCUUUUUAUUUGCCUCAAUACUGUUUGAGUUAUCUGUAUUAACACGUAGUGUAGUUCAUUCAUUGUUGUGUAAGCAAAGGCAAAUGGCCACACAUCUCACACCAGGCUGCUGGGUAAGUGUUUUGUGGAGAUGGGAACACCUAGAGGUGUGAUUCUGCUUGGUCCAUGCAUUCCAGGACAGUGUUCGCUGGGACCAGUGUCCUGUGGUACUUACAAGCUCUUCCCCUUGAUAUGGUCAGGGAUCUGGGGUCCAGAUGUUACUGUUGCAGUUAUUUGUUGUGGCCAACCCACAGCAGGAUCCACUGCAAUAAGUUCAUGGAGAAGCCCAGACCUUCCUCUGACAUAAUUAGGGGGUUGGGGACCAAGCCUUACACUUGAUCAGUAAUACCUGCAGGGGGUGCUUGGCAAUGGCGGGAUUCUAUGGAGCCCUUGUAAAAGGUCAGCUCUUUCUGGAGGCCAGACUGCAAGGGAAAAACCUUGGAUAAGGUAAGGUAAGGUUAGCCCUUACCUCGUUCAUUGUAAAAAUCCAUUGUAGCAAUAUACUACAAUGCAUUUACAUGUUCUGUUGUUGAUAAUGGACAGAUGAAUUGUUUCUAGUUUUAUCAUUUUUUGGCUAUUAUAAACAAAGUCUGUGAACAUUCUGGUGUAAGGUUUACUCUAGGAUACCAACCUAAGAGCGGACUUACUGUAAUAUUAGGUCAUGACAUCUAGCUUCAACGUUGGUGUGCCUGUUGACAUUCUGAUUAAUAGUGACCAAGUGCUGCUGUCUCCAGACCUCACUAACGCUUGGUAUUUUCUGAUCUUUUAAGUUUUGCCAAUUUAGUGGUGUAUCAUAGUACCUUGCAGUUUAAUUUUCACAUCCAUGAUUAUUGUUGAGGUUGAACAUUUCUCCCCUCCUCUGUACUCCCAUCCCCACAAUGCUAGCUAGACAAGUGCUAUGCCACUGAGCUAUAUCCCUGGCUCAAGGUUGAGCAUCUUUUCAUCCACGUGUAGAACAUUCGAGUCUAUAUUCUGUGAUAUGCCUAUUGUACCCCUGGCCUGUUUCUUUGUGUUGUCUUUUUCUGAUUUGUAGCACUUAAAAAAUACAUAUGCUUUGCAUAAUAAUCCUUUUGUCAAUAAAGUGUUGUAAAGUGUCCCAGUUUGUGCCUUGUCUUCUCCCUGAUUUCUGGUUGUGACUUGUAACUGUAUCAGUAAGAAUGUUUUGAGACUGACUGACCAUGACAUUCUUUCCAACAGGAUUUGAAUUCAGCCCUUGAGGUUUUAUUGAACUUUGAGGGUUUCCCCUUUCUCCUCAGACUAACAAUUUGGACUGCACACAGAGGAAAGGGGAAAGGGGUCCUUUUUAGUCCAUGAAGAUGAAGAUAGGUAAGAUUCCUUAUGGUGCUGUCCCUUUCAUGCAAUAGCUGUAAUUCCCCUUCACCUUGCUCUGAGGACAGCCCUUUGAGGCCCAGCUUUCUUAAGAGCCGCACCCUGACUUUUUCACCUUUGGCAGUCUCUGGGCUUGAUUUGGAGUCCCUGUGCUCAUCCAAGCCGAAUGUCAAGGUCUCCAGGAUUCUGUAGAAGUUCCCAGAAUAGAAGCUAGUUUUACUUCCCAGAGUUUUUGCUUUUAUUUUUGUCCUAUCUACAUGCCUUUUUUCCCCCUCAUGUGAGUUCAACAGUGACUUAAGCACAUUUAAAAAUAUUUAUAAUCUGGCAUCUCAGUUGUUUACUUCCAAAGACUGACCUAGGGUCUGGUCUUCACUGCUGGAGCACAGUGGCAUUUUCACACGAAACACUGCCGCAGGAAUGCUGAGGUAGCAGUCACGCUUGAAGGAGUUAACUCCUAAACUGAAGCUCUGCAGUGUUCACCCCCCUUUAUUUAGAGCAAAGCACCUGCAGUGAAAUUAAUUUGAUCUUAGUGCGCAGGGUAUGUGGGAGGUGGAGAGUAAGGGAUCCCUUUGGGUCUCACGUAGCUGUGGCCUAAAAGACAGGAAGAGACAAAACCUGAUGGGCAUGAGCUGCUUGCUCUGCUUCCUGCCACAGGGCGGAAGUGAGUUGCUGUCAUCCCCAUCAGGUCUGAUGCAGCUUGUCACAUUAUCCAAGUGCUGCCUGCUCCCGCCAGCAGGGAAGAAGUUUUAGAUGAGCAAAAUUCAGGUGAAAUUUUGGUAUCUAGGAAAGUGAAAGCUUAGACUGCUUCCUCCAGUGAAAGCAUGGGGAACCUCAUGCUGCAGUGAACUUACUUUAAUGGUUCAUGUGUUUUUCACAUUUGUUU